AUAUUUUGUGUUAUAAAAUGACUAACAUUUACAUAAAUAGCCAUCUAUGCCUGUCUCCCUGGGGACAGAUUGUUUCAUUUUAUCGUGAGUGUAUAAGUUGCAGAGUAUCAAAAGCCAAAUUUGCAUUUAAAAAACAAACAGAACCAAAAAGUGCCGGCAGAGUUAAUAGUUGGAAGACAAGUUGUAAAUUAAAAAUACAAUAAUACCAGUGGUAUGAGGAAGUCUAUUCAUUCCCAUUGAGUGUUUAACCUCGUCCAAUAGCAGGUGAAUUCCUAAAGACCUGCACGACUGCAGGAAAACACACCCAUCUUUGUCAGUGAAGACGUCUCAGUUCAGAAAUUGAUGGUGCAGAGACUGACAUGUCUGCAGAGGCAGAACAGGUUACUGAGCUCAGUGACUGGAUGUCACGGUUACCGGCUGGUCUUCACAACAUUCCUCUCUUCCAGCUGGCAAUUCCAGGAAGCCAUGACUCCAUGAGUUAUGACUUGGACAUGGACUCCUUUAUCAUAGAGCCUGCUCACUUGAAAAGAUUCAGCAGGGUUUAUGGUGCACGUAAAGUUAUGCACAAGUGGGCCACCACUCAGGAGGAGAACAUCACUCGGCAGCUGGAUGCUGGAGUUCGUUACCUGGACUUGAGGAUCAUCCGCAAACCAAAUGACAAGGAGCCCGCUAGAUUUUACUUCCAUCAUGGGCUGUGUACCAAGACUGAUGUGGAGUCUGUUCUCAGGCUGAUUCGUGACUGGGCAGAGACACAUCCAAAGGAGAUCCUGAUCCUGGCUUUAUCACACUUUGAAGGAUUUGACCAACAUGUUGAGGAGCUCCAUGUUCAUCUCAUCAACCUCAUCAAGACCAUAUUUGGAACCAAACUGUUCCAUAGAUCAGACACUCCUACACUUCAGAGCUGCUGGGACAAAGGCAGAAACAUCAUAGUUUCAUAUGAUUAUCCUGGAAACCAACAACUGGACUUGUGGGGAAAAAUCCCAUAUUACUACGCUAAUACCAUGGAUCCUGCAAAAGUUGAAUCAGAACUCUGUCGAGUUUUGGAAAAAGCAAGACCUUCUCACUGUUUCUUUGUGUGUGGCUUGAACCUGACUCUACCAGAAGACAGCACGAUCUUCAGGUACGUACUUUGGCCCCGAGAAAACUUCACCAAAGUCAUAAGGAGGAGUCUCCCCGAGCUGCUGCAGUGGGUCAGACAGCAGACGGGCAGAAGUCCCAACAUUAUCGCCUCAGAUGUGGUGACUCGAGACAACUUUGUUGCAACAGUUGUCCAGCUCAAUCACUCAAAAAACAAAUGAAAGUAAUGGAUGGACAAUAUGUAGGAAGUUAUUAUUGUUUACCUUUUGGGAGAACCUAGAAACCUCUAUAAAAAUAAUGCACUGCUAUAUUGUGGGUUUUGCUGAACAUUAUCUGUAUGUCUGUGGUUUUAUUGAUCUAAAACUAUUAUUUAUCUCAACAGUUUAUUUAUAAAAUAAUAUACACUACACCUACGACUUUGUUCAUAAUGCUCAUAUAUGUUAUUUUUUUCAGUUUUUACCUGGUAUUUUGAAGCUCAUGACAACUAACGUGGCAACUAGCCUCAAAAAUCCAGUCAUAUUAUUUACAUAAAUGUUAUAUGAGGUACUUCUAACUUGUUUUUUUUUUCAUAUCGUUUUAUCAACUUGUUCUCUUUGCCUCAGGAACUCACCAUGUUUAUUUAAUCUUGUAUUUUGCAUCAUUUAAUUCUUUUUUUAAAUGUAGUUAAAUGUAACAAAUGGACAAAUAUUUUCACCACAUUUACUACAUUUUGUUCUCUUUUCCCAAUGACUUGAUUUUUUGUUUUGUUGUUGUUGGUUUUCUCAAAUGUAAUUUUUUAAUGUGUAUUUAAAUAAAUAUGUAUAUAUUAAUGUAUAUAAAUGUUUAUUCACGCGUAUAUUCGUGUGUAUGUGUAUUGAGUAAUAUCCACCGCAUGUCUAAAAUGUAUUUACGUACGUACCAUAGAAUUCUUGUAAAGCGAUUUAUUUUUGAUUGAUUGAUUGAGUCUGGACCCGUAUG